AUAAGUCAAAUCGAUAUCCUAUCAUUCUAUUACUCCGUGCGGACGGCUAGCGACUAGGUGCUUUUGUAUGAGGAUGAUCCUACGGGUAACUGCUCCGAAUAUUUGCAAAUAUGGCAAUAAUACAUCAGAGUAGAGAUGUCAGUGCCGGCCAUCUAGCUGGUGAUAAUAGCCCUAUGAUCUAUAUACCUGCCUGGAUCUUCGCGUUCCUCUGCCCUAUGAUCGUAGGCACUAGGAUAUGGUCAAGGCAGAGGGCUGGCGGACGACUGGGAGCAGAUGAUUAUACGAUCAUAGUAUCUCUUGUGUUUGCGAUGACCACCGAUGUGCUUACAGUUUGGGCUUGUUACAACGGUUAUGGGAAGCACGCUGCAAGUUUGACAGAGAGUCAAAGAUAUGAGGCCUUCAAGGCCUUUUACCUUACCCAAAUCACAUACAAGACGUCUAUAAACCUUACCAAGUCCUCGGUUCUGCUACUGUAUAUGCGCAUAUUUAGCGGCGUUAAAUGGUUCAGACGGGCCUGUCUGACCAUACUCGCUUUUGUCGCUUUAUACUGUGUUGCAGUCAUUGUAGCGACGAUAUUUCAGUGCAUUCCCGUUGCUGCAGCGUUUGACAAGACAAUUACCAACAAGACAUGCAUCAAUAACGGGCAGUUCUGGUUUGCAAACGUCGGCUUCUCCAUCGCAUCCGACAUCAUUAUUCUCAUCCUUCCCAUGCCGCUUGUGCACUCGCUUCAAAUCCCACGUGUGCAGAAGGCCGCGCUGAUUUUCGUGUUCACACUUGGUGCCUUUGUGGUCAUAACGUCCUGUCUCAGGGCCACGACCUUGAAUCUGCAAGCCAAAAGCCGUGAUCCCCUAUACGAUGUCGCCUCGACCAUGUGGACUACAAUCGAAAUGAGCGUGGCUCUCAUAUGUGCCUGUCUGCCCCAGAUCCGUCCUUUGAUCGUCAAGUUAUUCCCCAAGAUCAUGCCGGCAUCUAGCGCCUCCAAAAAUAGGCCGAAGAUUACAUUUGGGAGUAGCGUCUUGAAGUCGUGCGACAGUCGUCAUCUCACUAGCGAUGGUCGCGAGUGGGUCAGAAUUGAGUGUCAGAACGAUAUAAACUUGACAAGCUUUCGCCAUGGAGAUACCCGUUCGGAGACACCGAGGAUACCCAAAGAGACUUUUGCUAGGGUAGGUGUGAAGGAUACCGUGGAAUAUGAUGCGGGACAGUCUGGGUACAGAACAGACUCUUGGGUCUAAGUUGUGUUGGAGGAGUUGGACGAUGCUGAUAAGUUGGUAGAGACCCCUCGAUUGGACCAUAUAGAAAAUCGUAACGGAAGAGCGGCGGCUACUUCUCGCUAUUAUUGGUUAUAGGAUCUUGUUGAAUGGUUGGUAAAUGUAUCCAUUGUUGUAAGAAUAUCCAAUUGCAUCCCAUUCUUAUAAAUCUGCUGUAACCCAAUAUACCUCACGAAGGAGUUUGUCCAUCUGCCGUUAUGUGUAAUAGAUGUAUACAGCGCAUACUCUCCCCAGGCUCGCCUCCCUCCCUAGAAUCGGGUAGGUUACUUUCGUAGCUUGGCCCUCCUGAUGAUGACCAUCUCGAUACAGCUCUUAGAGUUAUCUAUAACAUCAGGCCCAUUAUUGGCGUGACAGCAGACCCGUCAGACAUUCACAUUAUUGACAAGAUCGUAUAUGCUGGCUUCCAGUGGUUGGACUCCGAACUCCUAAGUAACUCUGUUGAGUAAUCUUGGAGAGGGAAACU